AUGCCAUUGCCGACCGACAGUCAAAGUCACCAAGAGGCAGCAGUGGCUCAGCCCUCCUCUGGUGGAGACCCUGCAAGCUCGUAUACGUCGAUGGGUCGGGCAACUGAUGGCUUAUCUUCGGCCGAUGUGGACCCGGAGCCAAUAAUUGUAGAAGCACAAGUCCUGACCCAUCAGCCUAGCACGGCUCGAUUCAGCCAGUUCCAUCGGAACAGGUUUUUAAACUCAGGACGGAUCUCGGACCCGGCUCUGAAAGAGAAUCAUCGGAAGUUUCGGAACAAGCUCAACGAGAAACGGUUUCAUUGUUCCCGGCACCCCAGAAACUGCGUCGACCCUAGCAAGCUGAGGGUGCACUACGAACUGCCCUUCGCAAUGGUCGAGCCUGCGUUCCCCGAUCCUACCGCACCGGAUGGGACUAAAAUAUUAAGAAUUUUAACCGGUCCAACGGGGCACCUCCAAAAAACAGCCGGCAUGAAUGCGUUGUAUAAGCAAUUGCUCGCCGCUCUCAAUGAGCAUCACGAGAACGCGCUCAAGAGAUCCGGAAGAAGAUCAGCAUCUUCUCAAUCGGCCUGGUUGAAAUGGCUGUGGACUGAAAUGUUUAAGCCUCAGAAAAGCUUGCCUCUUUGCGGAAUCGUCCAUGCCCCUUACCCCCUUUGGACGCUCGGGGAGAUUCAAGUUGAGUUGAUCAAAUAUUUCGCACAAAAUCCACAGGACAAUAAGCUAUUGCUCUCGACUGCUUCCCAUCUGCUAAGAGCUUACUUCAAAGCUCAUGACGGGAGUCAGCAGAUGUUACACUAUGUAUGA